AUGGCGCCCAACGACUAUGCCUCGGUUGGGUCCGGUAAGCUCAAACUGAAAGGAGUGAAAGACGCCAAAAUCGACAAGAAGAAGAAAAAGAAGUCCAGCAGUAAGCCGAGUGACGGGACCGCCGACCGUGGCGAGGACAAUACUUUUCACGACAAAUCCGUCAUGCUAAGGAAGCUGGAAGACGAAGAUGCUCAGCUCGCGAAGGAGGAACGUCGCAAUUUAGCCGCUGUUGAUGGAGAGGAAGUCGGCCCGGGCGCCGGCAUCAAGGACGACGAGGAAAGGCAGGUUGUCAAGACUGAAGCAGAGAAACGGUACGAGGAGCAAAGACGGAAGAGACUCGAGGAUCGAUUAAAGCGAGAAGGUGUCAAGACGCACAAAGAACGAGUCGAAGAGUUAAACCGCUAUCUCAGCAGUCUCAGCGAACAUCACGACAUGCCUAGAAUUGGGCCAGGCUAA